GUCUCAGUCGUCCUCAUCUGUCUAGAUAUUUUAGCGGCCCCACUUAGUUAAUGCUUCGAGUAUAGGAGCACUAUACAAACACAUAUUUCUCACUCUACAAUUUCUAGAGAGAGAAAGUUAAUCUCCAGUCCCCAUCUCUCUCUUCUCCACAAUUCAGGUCGAAAGCACCGAAAAUUGUAUGUAUUUGAGAUAUCGAUAUUAGGUUGCGGUAGAAAUCGGAAUUGGGAUAGAUAUUGAGAUUUUAUGGGGAAAGGAGGGCAGGAUACAGGGACUAAUGGUGAAUCGGAUAAAGUAGUGUUUGCUGCUUGGGCGAAAGAUGUUCGUGAAUGCGAAGAGGCGUUGAAAGUGAGUAGAGAGAGGGGAUUGUCUUCGGAAGAAGUUGAAAAGAGGAGACAGAUCUAUGGAUGGAAUGAGUUGGAAAAGCAUGAAGGACAGUCAAUUUUUAGUUUGAUUCUGGAUCAGUUCAAUGAUACGCUAGUCAGGAUAUUACUUGUUGCGGCUGUGGUAUCGUUUGUGUUGGCGUGGUACGAUGGUGAUGAAGGCGGGGAAAUGGAAAUUACAGCCUUCGUUGAGCCUCUUGUGAUUUUUUUGAUCUUGAUAGUGAAUGCUUUUGUUGGGGUUUGGCAGGAGAGUAAUGCUGAGAAAGCUUUAGAGGCUCUUAAAGAAAUUCAAUCGGAACAUGCGUGUGUGAUUCGAGAUGGGCAAAAAAUUUCGAGUUUGCCUGCGAAAGAACUUGUUCCGGGUGAUAUUGUUGAGCUUAGGGUUGGGGAUAAAGUGCCUGCUGAUAUGAGGGUUUUGAGUUUGAUUAGCUCCACUCUCCGUGUUGAACAAGGGUCGUUGACAGGAGAGAGUGAAGCAGUUAGUAAGACUGUGAAGCCAGUGGUGGAAGAUACUGACAUUCAGGGAAAGAAAUGUAUGGUGUUCGCAGGAACAACUAUUGUGAAUGGAAAUAGUAUUUCUAUGGUUACUCAGAUUGGUAUGAGUACAGAAAUAGGGAAGGUGCACUCUCAGAUUCAUGAAGCUUCACAGAGUGAGGAAGAUACUCCAUUAAAGAAGAAGUUAAAUGAAUUUGGAGAGGUCCUGACAUUGUUAAUUGGUUUAAUUUGUGCAUUGGUUUGGCUAAUAAAUGUCAAGUACUUUCUUUCUUGGGAGUAUGUGAAUGGCUGGCCUGCAAAUUUCAAGUUCUCAUUUGAAAAGUGCACUUAUUACUUUGAAAUUGCAGUGGCAUUGGCAGUUGCUGCGAUUCCAGAAGGUUUACCUGCUGUUAUAACAACAUGCUUAGCCCUAGGCACACGUAAGAUGGCUCAAAAGAAUGCUCUUGUUCGAAAGCUGCCUAGUGUAGAAACUCUUGGCUGUACGACUGUCAUUUGCUCAGAUAAAACGGGUACUUUGACUACUAACCAGAUGGCUGUGGCUAAGUUUGUUGCGAUGGGUUCUAAUAUAAAUAGUGCUAGAUCAUUCGAUGUUCAGGGGACUUCAUAUGAUCCUUUUGACGGAAAAAUACAAGACUGGACUCGUGGUCAAAUGGAUAUUAACAUCCAAACUAUUGCGAAAAUUGCUGCUCUGUGCAAUGAUUCAAGUAUUGAACAAACAGGGAAUCACUAUGUGGCUAGUGGACUGCCUACUGAAGCUGCAUUGAAGGUUCUUGUUGAGAAAAUGGGACUUCCUGAUGGACUGGAUUCGAGUUCAUCCUCUGAUCAUGGUGACGCACAACGUUGCUGUCGAACAUGGACCGGAAGUGUGUCUCGCAUUGCAACACUUGAAUUUGACCGUGAUAGGAAAUCAAUGGGAGUGAUAGUGAAUUCCAAGUCCGGAAGAAGGUCAUUGCUUGUGAAGGGUGCGGUAGAAAAUUUGUUGGAGAGAAGCUCCUAUGUCCAAUUACUUGAUGGUUCUGUUGUAGAACUUGACCAAAAUGCUAAGAAAGUUAUCCUACAAAGCCUUCAUGAAAUGUCAUCAAAAGCAUUACGUGUUUUGGGUUUUGCAUACAAGGAAGAUCCUCCUGAGUUUGCAACAUAUACUGGUGAUGAAGACCACCCCGCCCAUGAGCUUUUACUCAAUCCCACUAACUAUUCUUUUAUUGAGAGUAAACUAGUCUUUGCUGGUUUGGCUGGUCUAAGAGAUCCUCCUCGUAAAGAGGUUCGCCAGGCUAUUGAGGAUUGCAGAGCAGCUGGCAUUCAGGUUAUGGUUAUAACCGGAGAUAAUAAGGGCACUGCUGAAGCUAUUUGCCGUGAAAUUGGUGUUUUUGGACCAAAUGAGGACAUCAGGUCUAAAAGCUUAACAGGGAGAGAGUUCAUGGAUCAUCGAGACCAGAAAGCUCAUUUAAGGCAAAGCGGAGGCCUUCUGUUCUCUAGGGCAGAACCAAGGCAUAAACAAGAGAUAGUGAGGUUGCUGAAAGAGGAUGGUGAAGUUGUUGCAAUGACAGGUGAUGGGGUCAAUGAUGCACCUGCAUUAAAAUUGGCUGACAUUGGUAUUGCUAUGGGCAUUUCAGGAACUGAGGUUGCUAAAGAGGCGUCUGACAUGGUUUUGGCAGAUGAUAAUUUUAGUACAAUUGUUGCUGCUGUUGGGGAAGGAAGAUCUAUUUACAACAAUAUGAAGGCCUUUAUCAGGUACAUGAUUUCCUCAAACAUUGGCGAGGUUGCCUCAAUUUUCCUUACUGCUGCUCUAGGUAUCCCAGAAGGCCUUAUUCCUGUUCAGCUUCUGUGGGUUAAUCUAGUCACUGAUGGCCCCCCUGCAACGGCCUUGGGAUUCAAUCCGCCUGACAAGUACAUUAUGAAGAAGCCUCCUCGUAGAAGCGAUGAUUCUUUGAUCAGUGCAUGGAUAUUAUUCCGCUAUCUGGUCAUUGGGCUCUAUGUUGGGAUAGCAACUGUUGGAGUAUUUAUAAUUUGGUACACACAAAGCUCUUUCUUAGGAAUUGACCUAAGUAAAGACGGCCACAGCCUUGUCACCUAUUCACAACUUGCUAACUGGGGUCAGUGCAGCUCCUGGGGAAACUUCUCAGCUUCACCUUUCACAGCUGGAUCUCAAGUUUAUAACUUUGAUGCAAAUCCGUGUGAAUACUUUCAUACUGGGAAAGUAAAAGCCAUGACCCUUUCUCUAUCUGUAUUGGUUGCGAUUGAGAUGUUCAACUCUCUUAAUGCUCUCUCUGAGGAUGAGAGUCUCUUGACUAUGCCUCCUUGGGUCAACCCAUGGCUUCUAUUAGCAAUGUCAGUCUCAUUUGGCUUGCACUUCUUGAUCCUCUAUGUUCCGUUCCUUGCUCAAAUAUUUGGCAUAGUACCACUAAGCUUGAACGAGUGGUUGUUAGUAGUGGCUGUUGCUUUCCCAGUUAUCUUAAUUGAUGAGGUCUUGAAGUUAGUCGGUAGGUUUAGAAGCGGGAUUGGAUCUUCAGACGAUAGAAAAACAGCGAAGGCUAAAGCUGAUUAAGGCCAAUUUUCAAGCAUAUAGUUGGAGGAUGUCAUUCAUAAAAUCUUCAAGAGGUCAGUUUGACCUUACUACUGUUUGGUUCUUGAUUCCUCCCUUGCUUGUAUGUUUAAAGGCAGCGAGGGCUGGUUGGACCAUGAAGAUUAAGUAAUCUGUUUAGACAAAUUGUAAUAUCACUGAAUCACGGUAGAAUUUAGUAGAACUUGAAAAGCUUUCUUUUAUCCGCAUGAUCCAAUUUUGGCAGUUAUUUACAUGAAAUAUUUGAGGAUUAUCUCA